GAGGGAGAGAAGGGUGGGAGGGAGGGAGGGAGAGGAUCUGUAUAUGUGGACACUAGUGACACCAGUGUUAUCUGUCAUUGCCUAGUGCAGCCCCUAAUAAUGCAUCCUAGACAGUAGCUAGAACCAGUCUAACGUACAUUGAUGGGUCGUUGGCAGACGCAGCAGCAUCCAGAGUAUUAACAGUAGGGCUUACUUGUGUCAGAGUUUUGAUUUCUUGAUUUGGGGAGUGGGCUUGUGUGCACAGGGUCAGAAGAGGGUGUCAGAUUCCCUGGGACUGCUGUGAGCCAUCGUGUGGGUGCUGGGAAGAGAACUCCAUUCCUCUGGAAGAGCAGCCAGUGCUCCUAACCGUCUAUACGUCUAUACGGCCCCAAUCCGUUAGUGCUACAUUUAAAAAGAAGCUUAUUGGUGCACACCUUUAAUCCCAGCACUAGGGAGGCAGAGGCAAGCAGAUCUAUUUUUAAGUUUGAAGCCAGCCAAAGCUAUGUAGUGAAAGCCUGUGUCAUCAAAACAACAACAAAAAUAGGGUUUCAUGUAGCCCAUGCUGACCAAGAAAGCCAAAAUUGACCUUGAAUGUCUGGUCCUUCUGCCUCCAACUCCCAAAUGCUCUGAUUUUUUUUUUUUUUGGUUCUUUUUUUUUUCGGAGCUGGGGACCGAACCCAGGGCCUUGCACUUCCUAGGCAAGCACUCUACCACUGAGCUAAAUCCCCAACCCCUGAUUUUUGCCCCCAAACUCAGUUCUCCUGUUUUCUUUAUUUCUGGGUCAGGAUGGAAGGCAGGGCCUUAAACAUGCUAGGUACAUAUUCUACCACUGGGGGGCUGGAGAGAUGGCUCAGUGGUUAAGAGCACUGUCUGCUCUUCCAGAGGUCCUGAGUUCAAAUCCCAGCAACCAUAUGGUGGUUCACAACCAUCUAUAAUGAGAUCCGAUGCCCUAUUCUGGUGUGUCUGAAGACAGCUACAGUGUACUUAUAUAUAAUAAAUAAAUAAAUAAAUUAAAAAAAUUCUACCACUGAUCUAGACUGUCAAACCUUCUCUCUCUCUCUCUCUCUCUCUCUCUCUCUCUCUCUCUGUAUUGAUUGGAUUUGUCUGUAUGCAUAUAUGUUCAUACCUGAGCAUAAGGAGCUCAGAGGUCAACUUUGGGUGUCAUUCCUCAGGCACCAUCCACAUCAUUUUUUGGAGAUGGGGGUCUUUAAUUGACCUGGAGCUCAUUAAGUCAGCUCGGCUGGCAGGUGAGCCCCAGGAGCCUUCUGUCUCAGCCUCCCCAGUUUUAGGGUUACAAGCAUGAACUCUGUAAUAGAAGCCAAGUGCCCUUAACCUCUAAGUCAGCUCUCCAGUCUUUUGUUUAUGUAUGUGCAGUUGUUUGUGGGGUUAUAUGUGUUCAUGUAUGUGGAGACCAUGCAUCAGUCUUUUUGUGUAAGUGUCCCUAUGGGCCAGAUCUUUUAAAAUAACAACAACAAUAAUAAGUAUAAUAAUAAUAAUGACAUUAGUAUUAUUAGUAUUAUUUUAUUAUUUCAGGGUGUUUUGAGACAGGUUUCUCUGUGUAGCCCUAGCUGUCCUAGAACUCAUUAUGUAGACAAAGCUGGCCUUGAACUUUGAGAUCUACCUGUGUUUCCAGAGGCUUGGGACUAAAGGCAUUCACUACUACUGCCUGGCUUAGAUUAUUAUUUUUUUAGACUUACUUUAUAUGUACAAGUGCUUUGCCUGUAUGUGUGUAUAUAUGGUAUAUAUGUGGCCCAUGUUUGUGCCUGAGAAGGCUGUGGGACACCUUGGGUGGAGCUAGGGAUGGUUCAGAGCCACCAUGUGGGUGCUGGAGACUGAACCCUGGUUCUCUGCAAGACCAGCCAGUGCUCUUCUGUGUCAUAGCUCUAGCUCCCUUCGUCUUAUUUUGUUUGUGUUUUGGGGGUAGGGGUGUCUCUCUGUAGUUUGGGUGUCCUGGAACUGGAUAUGUAGCCCAGGCUGCCUGCCUCUGUCCCGAGCACUGGAAUUUAAGGCACGCACUACUACACUGUCUUCCCCCAUCUUAGCUCUGAGUGGGUGUCUCGCCAAACCCAGAGCUCCCAGAUUUGUCUACACUGGCGGGCAGGAACUCCAGACUCAUAACACAAGUGCUUUACUGACUGAGUUACCUCCUCAGCCUUCGUUCGUGUGUGUGUGUGUGUGUGUGUGUCUGUGUCUGUGUGUCUGUGCCUGUAUGUGUGUGUGUCUGUGUGUGUGUGCCUGUGUGUGUCUGUGCCUGUAUGUGUGUGUGUCUGUGUGUGUGUGUGUCUGUGUGUGUGUCUGUGUGUGUCUCUGCCUGUGUGUGCCUGUGUGCGUGUGCCUGUGUGUGUGUGUCUGUGUGUGUGUGUGUGUCUGUGUGUGUGUCUGUGUGUCUGUGCCUGUAUGUGUGUGUGUGUCUGUGUGUGUGUGCCUGUGUGUGUGUCUGUGCCUGUAUGUGUGUGUUUGUGUCUGUGUGUGUCUCUGCCUGUGUGUAUGUGUCUGUGUGUGUGUCAGUGCCUGUAUAUGUGUGUGUGCCUGUGUGUGUGUCUGUGCCUGUAUGUGUGUGUGUGUAUGUGUGUCUGUGUCUGUAUGUGUGUGUGCCUGUGUGUGUGUCUGUGUCUGUAUGUGUGUCUGUAUGUGUGUCUGUGUGUCUGUGUGUGUGUGUGCCUGUGUGUGUGUCUGUAUGUGUGUGUGUCUGUGUGUGUGUCUGUGUGUGUGUGUCUGUGCCUGUAUGUGUGUGUGUGUCUGUGCCUGUAUGUGUGUGUGUGUCUGUGCCUGUGUGUGUGUGUCUGUGUGUGUGUCUGUGCCUGUGUGUGUGUCUGUGUGUGUGUGUGUGUGUGUCUGUGUGUGGGUAGACACAAUCUUGAGAAUUGUAGCACAUGCUAACUUGUAGUCUUCCUGCCUCAACUGCUAGAAUGUUUCAAUUACAGUCCUGCACCACAGUAUCUAGUAAAAAAAAUCUUUUUUCCUUCCUUCCUUUCUCUCUCUCUCUCUCUCUCUCUCUCUCUCUCUCUCUUUCUUUCUUUCUUUCUUUCUUUUUUUAUUUCUUUCUAUCUUUUUGGGGACCAGGAGCAGAAUCUUACUAUGUAGCUCUGGCUGCCAUAGAACUGGAUAUAUAGACCAGGUUUGCCUCAAACCCACAGAGAUCCAUCAGCCGGUGCCUCUGAGCGCUGGGAUUAAAGGUGUCUGCAGCCAUGCUCAGCAAAUACAUGAUUUUUAAAUGGAAAAGAAAAAGUUUCCUUUGAAUUCUUUCUGCAGUCAUAUGCCAGGAAAUAAACUAAUAGUAAUUCUGCCAGGGUGACACAGGACAAAAAUAAAGAUGGGCUGCAGACAUAGCUCACUGGUUAAGAAUAUGUGGUGUUCUUCCGAGUUCAGUCCCCAGCACCCAUGCAGAAAGUCUUAUUACCACAUGUAACUUCAGCUCUGGGGGCACAAUGACCUUUUCUGACCUUCUGAGGGUACCUGCAUACAUGUGGUGGAAACAUGCAAAUUAAUAAAAUAAAUCCUUAAGGAUUGUUUUACAACUUGAAUCUCAGGCUUUCAUUGUUGUCGGAGGCCUGUACCUGAGCAGUACCUGGGCAUAUUCAGGGAUGUUUAUGUUAAAUGUCAGCUGUAUACCACAGAACCCUGAGAACUUCAAAUGCAUGUCUAUAAACCUGCUCUUCUAUAAGAUUCAAAUAUUUUUUAUUUUAUUCUUUUUUUUUUUGUUUUGUUUUUGAGACAAGGAAGCCCUGGCUUCCCUGGAACCAGACUGGCCUCGAACUCAAGAGAUCUGCCUGCCUCUGCCUCUCAAUUACUGCUCAGCUUGUAAAAGUCAAAUAUAAGAGCUAUGCCUAUGAAUGUAGGUUGAUUAUCGCAUUUUUGUCUUAACAUCCUGUAAAAUGUGAGUGUACACUUUUUAAAAAGAGCUGUGGCCAUUUUGAAAUAGCUUGACCUUUGACACCAGCAAUGGGGAAACGAUGAAGUCACCACCUGAGCCAGAAUAAAACUGAGUGUACGGGGUUGGGGAUUUAGCUCAGUGGUAGAGCACUUGCCUAGCAAGCACAAGGCCCUGGGUUCGGUCCCCAGCUCCGAAAAAUAGAAAAAAAAAUAACUGAAUGUACUUCAUGUCUCUGUGUGUUUGCUCUUCUGGUGCAUCGUCCUGAUCAGGAGUAAAUUUUCUUUUGUCCAGACACUUCAAAAGAAAAAAAAAAGGGUUUGACCUUGGAGGAACGAAUUAGAGGUGGUUGUACAUACCUGUAACCUCAGGACUAGGGAGUCAGAGGUCUUGAGGCUAACCUGGUCCAUACAGUGAGUUCUGUGCCAGACAGAGCUACAAAGUUAGACCACCUCAAAAUGAAUAAAUCAAUUAAAAUUAAAAUGGAAAAUAUGCAUUGUAUGAAGUAAAAAUGCCUGUCUUUUUUGUUUUUUGGGUUUUUUUUAAAAGAUUAAUUCAUUUAUUAUAUAUAAGUACACUGUAGCUGUCUUCAGACACACCAGAAGAGGGCACCAGAUUUCUUUACAGAUGGUUGUGAGCCACCAUGUGGUUGCUAGGAAUUGAACUCAGGAACUCUGGAAGAGCAGUCGGGACUCUUAACCACUGAGCCAUCUCUCCAGCCCCUGUUUUGUUUUGUUUUGUUUUGUUUUGUUUUGUUUUGUUUUGUUUUGUUUUGUUUUGUUUUUGAGGGAGGGUUUAUCUGUGUAACAGCCCUGACUGUCCUGGGAUUCCCUCUGUAGAACAGGCUGGCAUCUAACUCACAGAGAUCCACCCUGCCUCUGCUUCCUAAGUGCUGGGCUAAAGGGGUGUGCCACCACCACCUUAAAAAUAUUUACUUCUUGUGUGUGUCCACAAACAUGCAUGUGUACAUGUUCCAACCAAAGAGAACGUGGCAAUUCUGUCCCUCUUCUCACGGUGUGUGAACUGGGCACUGACCUCAGGUUGUCAGGCUUAAUGGCAUCUCUGAUCCCCCUGAGCCAUCAAUGGGGCAUUCCCCAGGGUGACAGUGUGUUAGGGUUGUUUCCACCCUUUUGUCUUCACUUAGUUGAGUGCCCGCUCACAGGAAAAUCAAGGGGUGGGACCAGCCAAGCCCGACGACUGGAGUUUGAUCUGCAGAAUCCACAUGGCGGCGGAAGGAGAGAACGGACUCCCUCAAGCUGACCUCUGAGGAUCCAUAACUCUCGUUCCAGGGAAUCACAUGACUCUGCCUCCUGGAGAUCCAGGCACACACAUGGUGCACACCAUAAGGCAGAGGAAAACACCCACACAUACAGUGAUAUGUGUGUGCAUUACCACACACACCUGGAAGUCAGAGGACUGCUUUGUGGUCGGUACAGUCCUUGUGUUUUCACAAAGGUUCCAAGGAUGUAACAGGUUUCCAGGGUUACAUGGCAAGGACAGCAUCCAUUGAGACAUCUCCUUGGCCUGAGAUUACUAGUAUUUGUUCUUUUUUUUUUUAAGAUUUAUUCAUUUAUUAUAUAUAAGUACGCUGUAGCUGUCUUCAGAUACACCAGAAGAGGGCAUCAGAUCUCAUUACAGAUGGUCGUGAGCCACCAUGUGGGUGCUGGGAAUUGAACUCAGGACCUCUGGAAGAGUAGUCGGGUGCUCUUAACCGAUGAGCCAUCUCUCCAGCCCUGUAGCAAGAGUUCUUAAUUGGCCAGACAUUGCUAGUACCCUCAGUCUUACUCCCGUCCUCUUGUACCUCUCUGAAGGGGAUGGGUUCCCGGUGCUUUGUGGAUUCCAAAGCCCUAGGUCAGUGAUUCUCAACCAUCCCAAUUCCGCGACCCUUUAGACACUUAAUACAUUGCUGCAUGUUGUCUCACCACCCCCAACCAUGAAGUUAUUUCGCUGCUGUUUCAUACUUCAUAAAUUCGCUAAUUAUGAAUUGUAAUGUAAAUAUUUGCUCUUCAGGAUGCCUGGUAUGUGAUUCCCUGAAGGGAUUGUGACACACAGGUUGAAAACAGCUGCCCUGGGUGCACAAGCCACUUCCAUAAAGUGGCUUAGUGUAGUCGGGAGUAGAAGUGCCCACCUUUCAUCCUAGUACUCAGGAGGCAGAAGUAGGAGGAUCUCUGUGGGUUCAAAGUCAGCUGGUCUACAUAGUGAGUUCCAGGACAGCCAGGGCUACAUAAAGAGGCCCUGUCUCAAAAAAAACUAAAAACUAAAAAAACAAACAAGCAAACAAACAAAAAAACAAAAAAAGAAACAAAACUGUAGAAGGCAGAAAACCUAAUGUACCUGGUGUUGUGUUUAAACACUUGUAUUUGAUAGCCUUACCUGAUUACAAAGUCCUCAGACUGGGGUGGCUUGAAUCCUUGAAAUCACUUAUCUGUGGGUACAGAAGGCCAGCUGGGUAGCCGCAAGGUAUUGCGGAACUCUGCCUGAGAAGCUUGGAAACUUUGGUGAAACUCUGGCUAGAGUGAGAAAAGAGGGUGGGGAAGUGGGGGAGAGAAUGGGUAGGCGAGGUUGAAAAGAUCAUGGAGGUCCCCGUACAGGAUUGGGUGGGACUUGGAAAGGUCUUUAGACUGCUCCAGAAGGGAGAUGGGAACCUUGGAGGGGAGUAAGCAAAGGGCCUUGACCUGACAGAAGUGCUGUAGUGAGGAGCAAAGGAGAAAAUGGGAGGUGAGGUGAGUGCGCUCAUCCAGAAAGAAGAAGUGAGGUGGGAGUGAGAAGUGGGGUUUCUGGCAGAGAAAGGGUCAAGGCCACUGCAAUGUUUGGGGUAAGCAGCAGCUUUUGGUAGGUUGCCUGGAGGACAUCAGAAAGGAUGAUUGGGGAGCAGCAGAGAAAGCUGGUGUCCAGGGUGCAGCGGCCACGCAGUCCCGGGAGCGGCCGCCAGAUGGCGAGCGCGCCGCGGGAAAGACACAGGUCGUAGCUUCUCACGCUCCUGCCGCUGGGCCUUGCUCCUCACCUGGGUGUGAGAUGCACCGACAAGGGCUGGAUCAGACCCCCCAGGCGCCUCGAGGGCCCAAAGCCUGGGAUGCAAUCUCAAGUCCUUUGUGUACUUCCCACCGCUCUGUUCCCAUCGCCUGUAUCAGCAUCUCAGGUCUUUGUAAAAGUGUCACCUUCUGGGGGGGAGAGGGGUCUUCCCUGACUGCCCAGGUAUCAGAAACCCAUACCUUGACCUUCUAAAAUUUAUUUCAUUUUACUAUUUUUUUCCUUUGAAACAAGAUCACUCUUUAGCCAGGCUGCCUUUAAACUCCUGAUCCUCCUGCCUCAGCUUGUUAUGUGUUGGGAUGACAGAUCUGGGAGUUGUGGCCCACACCUGUAAUCUCUGAUCUCAGGAGACAGAGGUGGACGAAGCUCAAGAUAACGGUCUGUCUGAGCUACAUAAGCAGGAGGUCUUGUCUCGGCCCCACCCAGUAAGACAGUAGGAGUCCAGUUAAUUCACUAUUUUUUGGGUACAGGGCUCCUGCUUAUAAUUCAUAGAAGCUCCCUCCUCAGAAAAAUGUAUGGGUUCACGAGACAUGUGCAUCGGCAUGUGUUUUCAGGUCUCUCUGAGUCCCCAGUACAACCUCUGAGGUUGUAUCCCAUGCUGUUGCUAGCAUCCUAUUACAGAAGAGGAGGAUGAAGCCCAGGGUGGUUAAUGGGCCUUUCAUGAAGGUGCACAGCCAAGAAACUGCAGGGCAGCACCGAAGGGUGCAAUGUCACUAAGUGGAUGAAUGGGGUUCGAGGAUUCAAAGGACCCUUAGCUGCUGUCCUGGACCUGACUUCCUUGACUCUCAUGGUCCCCACGGAGCAGGCUCAGCGCCCCCAACCCCGACCCCCUCCUAGGGACUCUCAGCAGGCUGGGAGGAGCUGUGGGAUGGCCAGGUCAGCUUCCCUCCCUUCCCUGCUGAGAGCUCCCAGAAACACCUCUCAGGCUCCUCAGGAGGGGACAGAGGUAAAAAGCAGGUCUGGGAGAGCCCAGACUUCACACACUAGACAGCAGGGUCCACUGCGCAGGACCCUGAGCCCAUUCCAAGACAGAAAGGACAGACAGACGACUGCACGGCCAAGUGAUGCUCCGUGGCCAAUUAACCACGCUGCUGGGUCUGCUCAGUGGGGCCUGGCUGCCCACAGGCUCAGGGAUACCUAGGGCCCCAGCUACCCCUGCUCAGUCCUGGGCCGCUACCAAUCAGAGCCGGACUCUGGAUCCCCUGGUGCCCAUCUCUGCCCUAGGUAGCUGGAAGGCCUUCCUGGGCCUGCAAAACAAACAGCAGGGGACAGGUGAGCCGCAGGGAGGGCAGAGUGUGGCUGCUGGUGUGCCUUUGCCCUUGGCGCCACAGGAACUGCUUCAGGAGACUUGUAAGGCUCUGCCCUUUGUUCAGGUGAUCUCCAGGCCUGGUUGCACGAGUGCCCGGGUCCUUAACCAUCUCUGUUUUGGCCACUGUUCCUCCUUCUACAUUCCCAGCUCAGAUCCCAGUCCUGUAGUCCUCUGCAACAGCUGUGUGCCAUCUCGAAGGCGCUGGACAUCGGUGGCACUGUGGUGUGGAGCUGGCCAAUCAGCCUCCCCUCGGCGGGUGAGGAUUUCCACUGUAUUGGUCCAGAAGUGUCAGUGCCACCCGAGGCUGUGAGCUGAGCAUCCUAGAGGAAUGUGCAGGACACAAACCUUGGAAAGAAGCAGGAGACUCAGUAGAAAGACGUGACCUGAGUGACGAAUAUCAGGUCGAGAGAGCAGGGCUGGAAGGUCCAGAAGGUCCCAGAAUGCUAGACAUGGUCCCCUAGUCAUGGGUUUAGACCACUAAUAGUCAUAGAAUGUGGGGCUGGAGUGUAACUCAGCGGGAGAGGGCUUGCCUACCAUGCAUGAAGCCCUGGGUUCUAUUCUUAUAUGAUAUGUGGAGAAAAAAAGGUGAAAAUGAACUGUAGUGUCUGAUUAGCCCUGUGUAGGAGGGAGCGUUCAUGCCACAAUCACUAACUCAUGUCAUCCUCAGGAAUCAAACCUCAGCAGUCUCACAAGGUAGAAUUUCACCACGAGUCAUUUUACAGAUGAGGAAACCGAAGCUGUUGAAGCACUGUCACUUUUCGGGAGAGGGGAAUAAAGGAAGGGCUUGAGACACAGCCCUGACGCACGCACGCGCAGCACACCUCCCUGCUGAGCUCCUCCUCCCUCAGCCCGGGGUUCCACUCUCAGCCACUAGGUGGCACCGCGUCUCAGUGUCCAAGACAGACACUCCCAACUGCUACGACGACAGCACCACCCAAACCCGGACACUCAGCAAAGAUGACCCUGUUCUAGGGACACCAGAACAGCAGCAGCAGCAGCAGCAACAACAACAAAAAACUGUGGCAGGCAAGCGGGAAGCAGCUGCUGGGAAAACCUGGCCCCAACCAGAGGCGACCCCGCGUGUGCGCAGCUGCCUCUCAUUGACAGACAGUAGCUGGGGUUUCCCUUAUUGCCCCACCCCAGUCCCCGCAGCAGCCUCAUGCCCAGCCUGGCAUUCCAUGGGAACCAUAAAGGUUGGCCAAGUCCA